UUUUAAUUCCAUAUUUUCUUUAAUUUAAUGUCGAAAAAUGAUUGACAGUCAAGAAAAUUUGGAAAAUAAAGAUGAACAGCAGUACUUGGAUCAUAUAAAAAAAAUUUUAGAAAAUGGACAUAAAAAAAUGGAUAGAACCAAAGUAGGAACACUUUCAUUGUUUGGUGUUCAGAUGCGAUAUGAUUUGAAGAAUGGUGUUUUCCCCUUAUUAACAACAAAACGUGUGUUUUGGCGUGGUGUUGUUGAAGAAUUAUUAUGGUUCAUUAAAGGUUCUACCAAUUCUAAAGAUCUGUCUGAAAAAGAUGUUAAAAUUUGGGAUGCAAACAGUACACGUUCAUACUUAGAUUCCAUUGGACUUAUUAAUCGCGAAGAAGGUGAUUUGGGACCUGUUUAUGGAUUUCAGUGGAGACAUUAUGGAGCUGAGUAUGUUAAUGUACGAACAGAUUACUCAGGAAAAGGUAUUGAUCAACUUCAAAGAGUCAUUGAUACAAUUAAAACUAACCCAGAUGAUAGGCGAAUGCUGAUGAUCGCUUGGAACCCAUGUGAUGUACCUAAAAUGGCUUUACCACCAUGUCACUGUCUAGUACAAUUUUUUGUAGCUGAUGGAUAUCUGUCAUGUCAAAUGUACCAAAGAUCAGCAGAUAUGGGUCUUGGAGUACCAUUUAAUAUUGCUAGUUAUUCAUUACUCACUUAUAUGAUAGCACAUGUCACUGAUUUAAAACCUGGUGAAUUCAUUCAUACAUUGGGCGAUAGCCAUAUUUAUCUUAACCAUAUCGAUGCUCUUAAUAUCCAACUUCAAAGAAAACCUAGGCCAUUCCCAAAAUUAACCUUUAAUAGAAAGGUUAACAGUAUAGAUGAUUUUAAAUACAAUGACUUUUCAUUAAAUGGUUACAACCCAUAUCCAAAAAUACCCAUGGAAAUGGCUGUAUGAAAAGCAGGAUUAAGUGUGAAUAUAUGAAGUGAACAAAUUUUAAUAAAAUAUUUUAUAUUAAGUAAUGGUGUAUACAUGCAAACAAUAUUUAAGUAACGUAGACCUGUUAAUGUAAAUUUAACAUUCAUUUCAUACAUCUUAUGUCUAAAUGAUGUAUAACAAUAAGCCUUUGAGCAAUAUAAAUUAUGGCAACAUGGCAUUAUUUUGUUUAAGAUACAAAAGUAAAUCCAACAUAUUCUUUUUAUUUAAGAUAUUUGUAAAUUCAAUAUACACAUCAAAAAUGCAAAUUGUAUUUGAUUGACCAUAAAAAAAAAAAAAAAAGUUUUUGUAAAAUGUCUUAUUAUAUUUCAAUAAAACUAGUUAUACUUACAGAACUAGUUAUUUAGUUAUGUAA